CGUAUAUUUUGGAUUCAGAGAUCUAUGCACUUUAUAACUUACUAGGUAAAAUGGAGAGAUUACGACAUGGACUUGUCCUAUACAAUGAAUCUGGGAUCCCUGAGGAAACUGUUCCUCUACAAAGAAUUGACAUCAGGGUGACGGUGGUGGGUUUCGUUGCCUGUGUAGAAUCAGAUCUGUAUUACAUCAACAACUCUACAGAAGCUGUCCAGACAGAGUUCGUGUUCCCAGUGGAUGCGGGUUCGGUGGUCUACAGGUUUGAGGCGGAGAUCGACAACAGGACCAUAGUAGCCGAGGUUCAGGAGAAAUCUCAGGCAAAGGAAACAUAUGAAAAUGCUAUCGAAAAUAAUUAUGUUGGAUUGUACAUGGCAAUGGACGAUGAUUAUGCUGAUGUAUUUCGUCUGAAGUUGGGAAAUCUUCCCGGAAAGAAGUCUGCCAAGGUAACAUUCGCAUACGCCAGAGAAAUAGACAUGGAACCAGAUGACAUUGGAAUAUUAACACUACCUACUGUUCUCAAUCCCAGAUAUGUCCCUGACUGUGGAAGCAGCCCAUUCCCACCACCUGAUGGAGCGACAGGAGGGGAGCUUAAAGUCUUGCCCUCACUCUCUGACAAAGGUAUGAUGUACAUGGAGGACUUUUUCAUCAAUUUCGAUGUUAAAGUCGCUGGAGGAGGGAAUAGCUGCAUUUCUUCAGAAAAAAUAACAAUGGACGUCACUGCAGAUAGAGUAUUAACUUCCGCAUACACUGUGUCAAAAAGGCCAGGACUUGGAAAGGACUUUGUUCUAGAGCUGCAUUAUAAAGGCUUUAAUGAACCAUGUGCAGUUCUGGAGAAGGGGAAGGAGGAUAAUGAAAGUGGUUUCCUAUCGUCGGAUGUGUUGAUGGUAAAUUUUUCUCCCUCGUUUUCCAACUUACAAACCAAUGAUUCACAUGAAUUCGUUUUCUUGAUUGAUCGUUCUGGUUCUAUGUUUUCUCGCAUUGAAAAGGCGAAGGAAACACUACUUCUCCUCUUAAAAAGCUUGCCGGUCAACUGUUACUUCAAUGUGGUCAGCUUUGGCAGCGAUUUCUCACUUCUUUUUCCAACGAGCAAACCUUACUCAGAAGAAAGCAUGGAGGAAGCAAUGGACCUUCAGAGAGAGAUGAAAGCUGAUAUGGGUGGAACGAAGAUUUAUCAAGCUUUGGUGAAAAUUUUCUAAUAUAAAGCGACCAAGGAUGUCAGACAGGUGUUUUUGCUGACAGAUGGUGAAGUUGGUAACGUUCAAGAGAUUGUCAAAUUAGUGAGGAGUCAAACGAACACAAGGGUAUUUACGUUCGGGAUUGGUGAUGGGUGUUCAACUGCAUUGAUACGCGAUGUAGCUGAGGCAGGUAAAGGAAAGGCUACAUUUGUCAGAGACAGUGAAAGACUGCAAAAUAAGGUAAUGUCCGUCAUGAAAAGCAGUCUCUAUCCAACAAUUAAAGACUUGUUCUUAACAUGGAGUUUACCAGAUGGGUGCUCAAUCCUAAAUAUCCCUAAAGAAGUACCGACUAUUUUCCAAGGAGAUAGGCUGAUUUUGUAUGGCAUUAUUUCAGGAGAAAUACCGAAAGUGAGUUUAGAGACAAACGUUAAAAGUUCGUUGAAACUGUCUGGUAAAUCUGGAGAAUCGCCCGUGGAAUUUGGGAUAGAAUUUGAUCUCGCUUCAGGUGUUGGCAAAUAUGACGAGGUUUUUCUAUUGCACAGACUCGCUGCAAAAUCGAGGAUUUCAGAGCUUGAAAUGGAGGAGAGUGGAGAUACAAGCAUGUUGAUAGCACUGAGCACAGCGGCAAACAUUACAUGUAAAGAAACAGCUUUUGUUGGUUUUGACAAAAACAGUAGAGAUGUUAUAGCUGAAGCUGGACAUCAGUUGGAACCAGCUUUUGAGAACUACCCGCUAGGACUGUGUAUAAAAUCAUAUGGGUUAAUGGACACGAGCAUGGAUUUUAAAUGCAAACGGUCAUAUGGAUUUUCAGGGUUUAGAUUUCCUACUGUUCCUAAUCCAUUUAAAAAAGUGAAAGAUGCUUUCUCAGGGAUUUUCUCUAAGAAGAAAGAAAAAACUAAAAUAGAGAAGAGCUCAAAAGAGAGUUUGCCUUCGAAGAAAAAAGAUUCAUAUCGAGAAAGUGAAAAAACUACAGAAAGAGAGAAAACUACAGAAAGUGAGAAAAGUACAGUUAUGAUGAAACUCAUUGAGUUGCAGAAGUUUGAUGGAUCAUGGGAACUUACUGAAGAUUUUGCCGAUCUUCUGAAAAAGAAUUUUAAUGAAUUAAAGAAUUCCUCCGUAGUUCAGAAUCUCAGUGUUUGGGCAACCGGGCUGGCGAUAGCAUAUCUAAGAACAAAAUGCUCAAAGCACAAAAGAGAAUGGGACUUGAUAGAAGAGAAAGCUUUGAAAUGGCUGGAAACAAUGGAGUUAGAGGGAAAAGACGUUUUAUCACUUGCUGAAAGUGUGAUUUAG